AUGUUAUUGAUGUCUUGCUGAGGAGGAGUUGGUCCUGAUUUUAGUUUUCCAGAACGCGCCCGUCUCUUGCACAAGCCGCGUCUCGAGGCAGAGGCUGCUCGCGCGUCACCAGCGCGCGAGAGGAUGUGCGCGCCUUCCUGAGGGAGACGGAAAAUCGGGUUUAACUUGGGAUUUAACUCGUGUAUUGUGUUAUUUGGGAUAUAUAUUAUUAAACGCGAUAUUCUUAAUCGAAUGGAUGCUGGAAUGAUGCCUCUCCGUGUCGGGAUUUCCUCUCUGUGCCUCUUUGUAGCGGUGAUGAGCUGUGUGAUACACGCCAGCUUCUCCCUGCCUCAUUACGGAGACGCCUUGGUAAAGACGAGGGCUCGGCGUGAUGACGCCAGGUUCCUCGGGAGAGAGAACACGGUACCGGUCCGGUUGGUGUACCGAAUGGACGGAGACCGUCAGGCCGCUCAUGAUGUUCUCAACACACGGGUUCGAGCGAGCUCUGACAGUAAACAGAACCACAUGACACAGGCUAGCUUCCAGGUGCAGGCCUUCGGAAAGACCUUCAUUUUAAAUGUGGAACUGAACCAUGAUCUUCUAUCAUCAAAUUACAUUGAGAGGCACAUAUCAGAGGAGGGGAAUGCAGUUGUCAACAAAGGUGGAGAACACUGUUAUUACCACGGGAAAGUACAUGAUAUUCCGAAGUCAUAUGUGGCUCUUUCAACAUGCCAUGGAUUACAUGGGAUGUUCUUUGAUGGGAACCACACAUACAUGAUCGAACCAGGAGGAGAGAACACAACAAGUGAGGAGGUUCAUGUGCACAUGAUUUAUCAGUCUCCUGGUUUAGACCCCCCAGAGGACUUCAUUUCUGCAGUUCAUCUGACAGAGUCACCGUUCCAGAACCCUCCACAGUCCAGUGCUACCCACAGACGGAAAAAGAGACAGAUAUCACAAAAUCCACGGAGUGUUGCAGAUGAGACCAAAUAUAUAGAGCUGAUGGUCAUAAAUGAUCAUUUGAUGUACAAGAAACAUCGCCUUUCCGUUGGACAGACAAAUAACUACGCUAAAUCUGUUGUGAAUAUGGCUGAUCUGUACUUCAAAGAGCAACUCAACACUAGAAUUGUCCUGGUUGCGAUGGAAACGUGGGCUGUGGACAAUAGGUUUAACAUCAACGACGAUCCCAUGGUGACAUUACGAGAGUUUAUGAAGUACAGAAGAGACUUUAUUAAAGAAAAGUGUGACUCCGUUCACCUUUUUUCGGGCAACCGUUUUCAUAGCAACUGGGGAGGAGCCUCAUACAUGGGCGGAGUCUGCUCACUCACUAAAGGAGGCGGAGUCAAUGAGUAUGGAAAGACUGAAGAAAUGGCCAUAACUCUUGCCCAGUCACUGGGACAAAAUAUCGGCAUCUUUUCUGAUAAAAAACGCAUUUUAAAUGGGGAGUGCAAGUGUGAAGAUAAAUGGUCUGGCUGCAUAAUGGAUGAUGUUGGCUUCUACUUGCCCAAGAGAUUUUCUGACUGUAAUGUGGAAGAGUAUCAUGAUUUCCUGAACAGUGGAGGUGGUGCGUGUCUCUUCAACAAACCAUCGAAGCUCUUGGAUCCUCCAGAGUGCGGAAAUGGUUUUGUGGAGGCAGGAGAGGAGUGUGACUGUGGAAGCCCAGCUGAGUGUGCUAGAGAAGGAGAGAACUGCUGCAAGAAAUGUAUGUUGACUCAGGGAGCCAAAUGCAGUGAUGGUCUCUGUUGUAAGAACUGCCAGCUGGAGUUUAUGGGUGUACUUUGUCGUGAGGCUGUCAAUGAUUGUGACAUACCGGAAAUGUGCACUGGGAACUCCAGCCAGUGUCCUCCAAACCUGCACAAGAUGGAUGGGUACACAUGUGAGAAAGAUCAAGGAAGAUGUUUCAAUGGCAGGUGCAAAACCAAGGACAGACAGUGCAAAUACCUCUGGGGAGAGAAAGCAACAUCGGCUGAUAAGUUUUGCUAUGAGAAGCUCAACAUUGAGGGCACAGAGAAGGGCAACUGUGGACGGGACAGAGACACCUGGAUUCAGUGCAAAAAACAGGAUGUACACUGUGGAUACCUGCUGUGCUCCAACAUUUCUCCUGCACCCAGACUAGGAGAGUUACAGGGAGGAUUGACAUCUUUCUCUGUGGCACAGCACAGCGCCUCUCUGGACUGCAGUGGAGGGCAUGUGCUGAUUGACGGCGACACUGAUUUGGGAUACGUAGAGGAUGGAACGGCGUGUGGGACUGAUCGCAUCUGCUUUAAUCACAAAUGCCUCCAAGUGCAGGAAUUCAAUUUCAGCACGUGCCCUGGCACCAAUGAAAGGGUGAUCUGCUCCGGACAUGGGGUGUGCAGUAAUGAGCUCAGGUGUGUGUGUGACCUGGGCUGGGCAGGUGAGGACUGUAACUCCACCUCUCCUCUGAGUUCCCUGCUGGUGCGACCUACAGCCAAAACAUCAGGAAUCAUCACUACUAACAUCAUCAUCGGGGCCAUUGCGGGCUCUAUCCUGGUCCUUGCACUGAUUCUAGGCAUUUCUGCAUGGGGAUACAAGAGCUACAGACAGCGUCAGUAUGUUGAGUCUGAAGUACACAGAAGAUUCUGUCGUCAAAUGCCUCCGGGUGAUUACGUGAAGAAGCCUGGAGACGGUGAUUCCCUGUACAGUGACAUGCCGCAGGGCGUGAGCUCAAACUCCGGCAGCAGCUCCAAGAAGAGGUCUGCUUACCUGUCUCAUCUCCAGAUCAACACCUGCUCUUUCACCCCCUCAAUCCCUUCCAUCAGCCAAAACAUCUGUCUGUUCGGCUUCAGAUCUAAUGGUCUUUCUCACUCCUGGAGUGAAAGAAUCCCAGAUGCCAAGCACAUCUCUGACGUCUGUGAAAAUGGAAGACCCAGGAGCAACUCAUGGCAAGGAAACGUCACAGGUACCCGUAAGAAGCUCAAGGGAAAGAAGUUCCGUCCUCGCUCCAACUCCACAGAGUAUUUAACCCCUUGCGUCAAAUCAGAGUAUUAUGUAACUAAAUGGGUAGAAGAUGUGAAUAAAAACACUGAAGGACCUUAUAUUAGGACACUGUCACCUGCCAAAUCACCCACUUCUUCAACUGGCUCCAUCGCCUCCAGCCGGAGAUACCCCUACCCCAUGCCUCCGCUUCCAGAUGAGGAGAGGAAAGCCAACAGACAGAGUGCCAGGCUGUGGGAAACGUCAAUAUAAAAUAACUCCUCGAAACUGGUCUGCAAAACUCCGUAAGGAUUUCUCUGCUUUUGUAUGAAUGAGAUAAUGAAAUAAGUAAUAAAGUAAGGAAUUCAAAUGGAGAAACAACGAAACAAUGAGUGAAUGUAAGAGUUGGGCAUGGUCUCCUCCGAUCUCCGAUAACAUUUGUGGCAUGGAGCUGUCUUACCUUGGAUGUGGAGAAGGGCGGUAUCAGUAUCCCAUUCCUGCUGUCAUUCACAAAAAGGACUCAGGAACACAAUUUCAUCACGAGACAUUCCCAGAAUGACAGCCGAUACAGAGACAACAGCAGCUACUCGUGCCCUUGUUAAACCACGCCCCCAAACACAUGCUGUCUUGUGAUUGGUGCCCUUGAUGCCCGGGUGCAAGAAGCUCAUGCAGGAGCAGGAAGUUAACUAUUGUUUUGAACGCACGCUGUCACUGUAGAACCUACUGCUGUAUGCAUGAGAAAACAUGUUUAUCGAUUCCUUGUAGUGUAACGAUGUACAAAUGUUUUAAGAUCUUUCACUCAAGGGUGCCGCAUGUAUUGAAGGACAGCUUCGUAGGCCGUUAAGAUUCAAUCCCAUGUCCACUUCACCAGAACAUCAUAUGCUCCCAUUCAUACAUUCAUAUCUUCUCAGAGAACUUUGUACAUAUGUCAUAUAAUUCAGAGUGAAAUGUGAGGGUGUAGUAUUUUUCGGUUUUUGAAGUUUGGUAGUGGAGAGCGUGGUGGAACUUUUUUUUGUUUUAAAGUGUCUGUCCUGUGAUCAUAUCCCUAAAUUCACAGACUUUGUUUCAAGACUAGUGCAAGCUACACAGAGGCACCAUUUCAUGAAUUAUGCGUCAGAUCGUAACAGCACAUCGCAAACAACGAUACACAUUUCUGCUUUAGAUUGAGUAAAGAUUUUCCAUUUUAAAGUCACGACUGAAGUGAA